UUUUCCCACAAUUAUCUUAUCUUCAUCUCUCCCUCCCGACAGAGAAUUCCACUCCAGAGUCCUUCCUCUCCAACCUCUCUAACAUCUCAUAUCUCCCAACUUUCCAGGCAUCCAAACAAUGAAUCAAGAGCCAAGACGCCACUAAGCUUAAUUCACCGAAGAAAACCAGAAAUGGCCUUCGCGACGGCGAAACUAUCGGAACUGCCACUGAGGAGCUCACUCCCACUCACCUCCUCCCACUCCCACACUCACUCUGUGAACCUCCUCUUCUCCUCGGCCCCAAAUCUGUCAUUUCACAUUCUCAAGCCCUUCUCCUCUCUCCGAAGCUCCUCCACCACCUCCACCACUGAGCACGGCGGCGACGCAAACCCCAAGCCCUCCCCGGCCGCCAAGCCCAGGGCCAACUCCGCCCCCUGGCUCAACAAGUGGCCCUCUCCCAGCCCUCCCGUCGAACCACGCAAAGUCACCCACCACAAAAAGGACGACGGUGACCGAGCGGCGACUCGGUACUUGGAUAGAGACAAAGGACAGAACGCAAUCGAGAGAAUCGUGCUCCGUUUGCGGCACCUAGGGUUAGGAGCGGACGGCGAGGAGGACGAACAACCGGAUGGGAUAGAUGGUGACGAUGCAAUGCCGGUGACUGGGGAGGAGAAGCUGGGGGAUUUGUUGCAGAGAGAGUGGGUUCGGCCGGAUUUGAUGUUGGUGGAGGACGAGAGCGGUGGAAGCGACGACGUUUUGCCGUGGGAGAGGGAGGAAGAGAAGGUUGAAGAGAGUGGGAGGCCGAGGAGGGAGAGGAAAGUGGUAGCGAAGGCGCCGACGUUGGCGGAGUUGACGAUCGAGGACGAGGAGCUGAGGAGGUUGAGGGGGAUGGGGAUGGUGGUGAGAGAGAGGAUCAGCGUGCCCAAGGCCGGGCUCACAAAGGAGGUGUUGGAGAAAAUCCAUUUCAAGUGGAGGAAGGAGGAGCUGGUGAGGCUCAAGUUUCACGAGGUGCUCGCGCACGAUAUGAAGACAGCGCACGAGAUCGUCGAGCGACGAACAGGAGGGUUAGUUAUAUGGAAGUCAGGGAGUGUCAUGGUGGUGUACCGGGGGAGUAAUUACAAAGGGCCUUCUAGACACCAGCCUGAUGUUAGGGAAGGUGAUGCUCUUUUUGUUCCAGAUGUUUCUUCUGCUGACAGUUCCACAACAACAAGUGACAGUGGUGCAACUCCAAGUCUGGAAAAGAGUGAGCCAGCUUUGAGAAAUCCAUACCGUCCUGUGAGCAUGACAGAGGCAGAAGCUGAGUACAACAGUCUACUAGAUGGUUUAGGUCCUCGUUUUGUUGAAUGGUGGGGUACAGGAGUACUUCCUGUUGAUGCGGAUUUACUUCCUCAAAAGAUUCCUGGUUAUAAAACACCUUUCAGGCUUCUUCCUACUGGAAUGCGAUCACGACUGACCAAUGCAGAGAUGACUAAUCUUAGGAAACUUGCUAAAUCACUUCCCUGUCAUUUUGCGCUUGGGAGAAAUAGAAACCAUCAGGGGUUGGCAUCUGCUAUUAUUAAACUUUGGGAGAAAAGCGUAGUGGCGAAGAUUGCUGUUAAACGAGGUAUCCAGAAUACAAAUAACAAACUGAUGGCUGAGGAGAUAAAGAAUUUAACUGGAGGGGUAUUACUGCUUAGAAACAAAUAUUACAUUGUCAUAUACCGUGGGAAGGACUUUCUCCCACCAAGUGUAGCUACCGCUUUGACUGAAAGACAGGAAUUGGCUAAACGGAUCCAAGAUGUAGAAGAGGAAGUGCGGUGCAGAGUGGUGGAUGCAGCUCAAUCAGGUGAAGAUGAAAGACAGGUACUUCCAACAAGUGUAGCCACUGCUUUGGCUGAAAGACAAGAAUUGACAAAACAGAGUCAAGAUGUGGAAGAGAAAGUGCAGUGUGGAGCAGUGGAUGUAGCUCAAACAGGUGAAGAAGUGGAAAACAAAGUGCAGCAUGGAGCACUGGAUGUAACUCAAGCAGGUGAAGAUGAAGGGCAGGCACUUGCUGGCACUUUGGCUGAGUUUUAUGAGGCUCAAGCCCGUUGGGGAAGAGAUAUAUCUGCUGGAGAACGUGAGAAGAUGAUUGAAGAAGCUUCCAAAGCUAAGAGUGCUAGGCUUGUGAAACGAAUUGAACAUAAAUUAGUAGUUGCCCAAGCCAAAAAGCUUAGAGCAGAAAGACUCUUAUCUAAAAUUGAAGCAUCAAUGCUUCCUGCUGGUCCUGAUCCUGACCAGGAAACAAUCACUGAUGAGGAACGGGUUAUGUUUCGCAGGGUUGGUUUAAGAAUGAAGGCCUACUUGCCUGUUGGCAUUCGUGGUGUUUUUGAUGGCGUCAUUGAGAAUAUGCAUUUGCAUUGGAAGCAUAGAGAACUUGUGAAACUAAUUUCUAAACAAAAGACCCUUGCUUUUGUCGAAGACACAGCAAGGUUAUUGCAAUAUGAGAGUGGUGGAAUACUAGUGGCAAUAGAAAGAGUCCCUAAAGGCUAUGCUCUUAUUUAUUAUCGUGGAAAGAAUUAUCGACGGCCUAUUAGCAUAAGGCCAAGAAACUUGUUAACAAAGGCAAAGGCACUAAAGCGUUCAGUGGCCAUGCAACGUCAUGAGGCUCUUAGUCAGCACAUAUCUGAAUUGGAGAAAAACAUAGAGCAAAUGAAAAAAGAACUUGGUGUUUCUCAAGAUGCAGAGGAUGAGAAUGCCUGGAGCCCAGAAGAUUCUAAGCAGAUUGAUAACGUCUCAGAGAUCACCCAAAGUGAGGAUGAGGCUUCAUGCAUGAAUUCUGAUGGUGAAGAUGAUGAUGAAGACACUGAUUGGGAAGAGGCCGAUGAUGAAGACUCUGAUUGGGAAGAGGAUGAAGAUAAUAAUAUAUCAAGCAUUGGAAUUGACCAUCAUCCUUUGACCAAGAAUGACUGACAUAUUCAAUCUUUCGAGGAAGUGAUUUGGUUGGCAGUCCUGUCGUUGCGUUUGUCCAAGUCAGCAGGUGAUUUGGCAUGGAUGGCCUGGACCAGAGCAUGGAUGAUUUUUCUUCCUUAGUUCUCAUAUGCAUGGAUGAAGGUGAAAGUCCUCGAACUCAUUAACAUUUCAUUCUUAAUGAAGUUUUGACCUAGCGAGUUGCUCCAAAGGGAAAGGUUUUAUUCAUGCAGUAUGCCACGUGCAAUACCCCAUCCUCUACAACAGCAAACUGGUCUUGUAAGAUCAUUUUUUAUGUUGCUGGUUUUAGCUCUGGUGAAAGCUUGGUUAGCAGAUUUUACCAGGUCUGUUUAUUGUGAGUCUGCCAUUCAUCGGACAAGCUUAAUUUUUUUAGCCCGAAUUGCUUCACAACUUCAAAGUUGUCAAUGUAUAGUGCCUUUGUAAUACAAAGCAUUCUGACAAUUACAUCUAGUUUAUGUAUUCUGGUGGUAAUAAAGUGCAAAAUGACAACUAUUUCGGUUGUAGUCGUCACAACCGCAGGGUUGUUC